AUGAAGCAGAUGUUCAUGAAGGCAGCGGCACUCUUUGUCCUCGCGAUAGCGGGGUCGGCGAUGCCUACCAACACUGUAGUCGACAGGAGUAUGUCAUGCAGGUCGACCAGCGACUGCGACCGGGAGUGCAUGACGGCCAUGGUGACCCAGAUCUUGGAUUCAAUGGUGGCCCACGACCCUUACAGCCUGCCGUUAGCACAGUUCUACAAGGCAACCGAGAACUCGCACCCGGCAGCGCUCGGCAUGAUGACUUCAUGGCGCACCAUCACCAAGGCAGGCCCCCCUAGCCUGUUGGCAAUCGACACUACCAACGGCACGGCGUAUUUUGCCCUGGCAAUCAGUGAGGGCAACGACGCGACGGAGGCAGUCCUUCGCGCCCGAAUCAAGGUCGUCAACCAGCAGAUCACGGAGCUGGAGCUGUUCAUUAACCGCUCCCGCGGCGACCACGGCUUCACCUUCUCGGCCGCCGAAGUUAUGGCAAACUACGAGCCGUUGAUGUCGCCGGCGGCUAAUCGGACCAAGGCGAGCCGGGAAACGUUGUGGGCUCUGAGCGAAUCUCUCUUCGCCACGUCCAGCAACUUCUCCGUCACCGUGGCUGACGAGUGCCUGUUCACUGAAGCCGGCGGGAAAGUUAUCGAUACCGGGACCUAUUCCAACGCAUCAAGCACACCGCUGGGCUGCGUCUGGCCUGAUAAUCACCCCACUGACACGAACGCCCGAGUCGGCCUCGUCAUCGACGAGGAGUUGGGCUUCGUCGUGACCAGCGGCAUAAUUCCGGGCACCGUCUACCCCUACGCAAAUGUUUCCGCCUUUAUUCCCAACUCGAUGAGUGCGCCGCAGGAAGUGCAGGAGGCGUGGAUGGAGGUCAUGGAAGCUCAGGGUAAUGUGACGAUGCUGUCUCCCACCGGAGCUACUGGUGAUACUCUCGAAGUGCUCCAGUACUACAACAACGAGCUCCAGGCCAUGCAGAUCAACGUUUAUCUGAGCGGCCCAAAUAUGACAUCACCCUGGUUGUAG